AAAGAGUGGCGGAGAAGAAGGAGAAGCGUUCGUAGAGAGAGAGAGAGAGAGAGAGAGAGAGAGAGAGAAACAAAAAGACAAUACGAUUAUUAUAGAAACUCUCUUUCUCUUCAUCCUCUUAUUUCGCUUUCCUACAAAAUUAAACAAAAUGAAAAAUAACUCAGCAGUUUUGGGGGAAGAAGAGACAAACCCAAAAAAUUGAACGGGAAACACCCAAAAAAUUGGAAGAAGAAAACCCAUCUUCAGACCACAAAAAACGUUUUACUGAAUAUUGAAAAAUUCUGAAGGAGAGAAAGAGAGAACACACAAAGAUGUGGUUGGCGAAAAACAAUAGCGUGGGAGUCAAGGAAGGAGCAUCCACCGGAAUUGUAGCUGUUGCUAUAGACAAAGACAAAAGCAGCCAACACGCUCUUAAAUGGGCCGUUGAUCAUUUGUUGCAGAGAGGCCAAUCCGUUAUUCUCGUCCAUGUCAAGCUUCGACCUUCUCCUUUAAACGGCUCUUCUCUCCAUGCUUCCUCUGCAAAGCUGAGCCAAGAGUCCUCAUUGGUCUGCAGAGAUCCAGAAGGCGCUUCUAAGGAGAUAUUCCUUCCUUUCCGUUGCUUCUGCACGCGCAAAGAUAUUCAAUGCAAAGAUGUGUUGCUUGAAGAGACCGAUGUAGCGAAAGCAUUAGUCGAAUACGCAAACCAAGCCGCUGUAGAGAUUUUGGUGGUUGGUACAUCAAACAAAGGUGGCUUUCUCAGGUUCAACAAGCCAACAGAUAUUCCAGGGACCAUAUCGAAAACCGCUCCUGAUUUCUGCACCGUUUAUGUCAUAUCAAAAGGAAAGAUCUCAACAAUGAGAUCAGCUUCUCGUUCUGCACCAGCGACUGCUCCUCUACGCAGUCCGACUCAACCACCUAGCUUAAAGCCACCUCAACCUGUGCCUUCUACUUCCACUACCAUGCGAGUUGAUAGACGAUCUUUUGAGUCUCAACAACGCAGGUCUAUCGAAGAUCAACAACGAAGAUCCAUGGAGGAUCAGCAACGAAGAUCCAUGGAGGAUCAACAACGUAGGUCUAUGGAGGAUCAAUCAGAGUCCUUCAGAUCUCCUUUUACUAGAAGAGGCAAUGGGAGAUCAUACGGAGACCUAUCUGUUCCGGAAUCAGACAUAUCUUUUGUCAGUUCCGGUAGACCAAGCAUUGACCGUAUCUUCCCUAAUCUCUAUGACAACAAUAGUGAUCCAAACCGAACUCCUCCUAGGCUGUCGAAUAUCUCUGAUAUGGACUAUGCUCCUAGCUUUGAGUCCUCCAACUAUGGAAGAAGAUCGGUAGAUCUGAACUCACCUACUGAUAUUUCAUCAGGCUCGUUUGAGAGUGAAAGAUUCUCAUCCGCUUCAGCAAUGGAUGAUGUAGAGUCUGAGAUGAGGAGGCUUAAAUUAGAGCUGAAGCAGACAAUGGAAAUGUACAGUACAGCUUGCAAAGAAGCACUUACAGCAAAACAGAAGGCGACUGAGCUUCAGCGUUGGAAGCUAGAAGAAGAGAGAAAGCUAGAAGAGGCAAGACUUGCGGAGGAAGCAGCAUUGGCCAUUGCAGAGAAAGAGAAAGCAAAGUCUAAAGCAGCUAUAGAGGCGGCUGAAGCGGCUCAGAGGAUCGCUGAGCUCGAGUCUAAGAAGAGAGUCAACGCGGAGAUGAAAGCUCUUAAGGAGUCUGAAGAGAAAACAAAGGCACUCACCGCUUUAGCAAACUCAGAUGUAAGGUAUAGGAAGUACUCCAUUGAAGAGAUUGAGAGUGCAACAGAGUAUUUCGCUGAGAAGUACAAGAUCGGUGAAGGUGGUUAUGGACCGGUUUACAAAUGCUAUCUUGAUCACACACCAGUUGCUGUUAAAGUUCUUCGUCCUGAUGCAGCUCAAGGAAGAUCUCAGUUUCAACAAGAGGUUGAGGUAUUGAGCUGCAUUAGGCAUCCUAACAUGGUUCUACUUCUUGGAGCUUGUCCUGAGUGUGGAUGUUUAGUCUACGAGUUUAUGGCCAACGGAAGCUUAGAAGAUCGUCUCUUCAGAUUAGGAAACAGCCCUCCUCUCUCGUGGCAGAUGAGGUUUCGAAUCGCCGCAGAGAUCGGCACAGGGCUCUUGUUCUUGCACCAGGCUAAACCAGAGCCACUGGUUCACCGUGAUCUCAAACCGGGAAACAUCUUGCUAGACCGUAACUUCGUCAGCAAGAUAUCCGACGUUGGUUUAGCAAGACUGGUCCCUCCAUCGGUCGCAGACACCGUGACGCAGUACCGCAUGACCUCGACCGCUGGAACGUUCUGUUACAUCGACCCGGAGUAUCAACAAACAGGAAUGUUGGGUGUGAAAUCUGAUAUCUACUCGCUCGGAAUCAUGUUUCUGCAGUUGAUCACAGCAAAACCACCAAUGGGUCUCACUCAUUACGUCGAGAGAGCGCUCGAGAAAGGGACUUUGGCAGAUUUGCUCGACCCGGCUGUACCGGAUUGGCCAGCUGAAGAUACAGCAGAGUUUGCUAAGUUAGCUCUUAAAUGCUCAGAGCUAAGGAGAAAAGAUAGACCUGAUCUUGCUAAAGUUAUAUUGCCAGAGCUAAACAGAUUAAGAACACUUGCUGAUGAAUCAUCACAUUCUGUACUAGUACCAGGACCAUCUCCAAACAAAAGCCAAGCUUCUGUGAAACUGGAACAGAUGAGUGGUGCUUCUAUCUCCGUGCCUCAGUAAAAUCGGUAUACACAAAAGAUUGAGAUAUAACUUGGAGGUUACGGUUUUAACUUUAAGUAAACAAGAACCCUCAAAUAAAAAGUGAGGAAGCUUUUAAAAAUGGUUAUAUGUAAAUGAGAAACUGAAGAACUUUGCAUGAUCCUAGUAUAAGGAGAUGCAGUAGAGAGUCUUUCCCUUGUAGAGAAAGUGUUUUUAUAAAUUGUACAGCUCAUUCUUAUUAUUAACCAAAUCAAAUAUCAAAG